AUGCGUUUUUGGGAUUCACCGACUUCUUCUUUUCCCUACACUUUUGACGAAGUUUGUGCUGCUUUUUGGGACAGGUGUUUUUUGGUUUUUUCCAAUCUUUGAAGAUAUUUAUCAAAAUAGGUACCCGAAUUCGUUCACAAAACACAUCGUUUCUGAAGACGUUUUGGAAAGGCGAGUGACAGAAAACACCAUCGUCACGAAGAAGUUAAUUGUGAAGCAUGGUAAUUAUCAUUUUUUAAUUAUUUCUACAUUAAGAUUUUGCAGGAAGCAACAUCCUCAAAAGGGUACCUCGAUGGCUGUCUCGUAUGACAGAAAUCAGAACAGUCCCAGUUAUUGAGGAAAGUGUGUACGACCGGUUAAGUAAAAGUCUGAUCACCUACACUCGGAAUGUAUCGCACAAUGAAUUAUUUCAAAUGAAUGAGCGAUGUGUUUACAGGCACAAGGAAAAUCAGGUUGGUUAUUAUAAAUAAAACGAGGUUAAAUUUAAUGUCUUGAAAUUUUGUUGAGGUACUGAAGUUUUACCUCAUAAGGAAACUUUCAUAAAAAGAACGGUUCUAAGCUUUGAUAACUUAAAUUAUAUUUUUCUGUUCUUAGCACGAUGUUAUUAAAAUUUCAUUGAACUUCGGAAAUCAUGGAACAAUAAUUUAGGAUUCCGUUUUAGUUUUGAUAAAAUAGAAUUUUUUUCGCGCAAAAAAGGCAGCAAAAAAAGGAGCUUUUUUUAACCCUAAAAAGAAACAUUUCUAUGGAGCCUUUUUUUCCACCCUCUUCGACUCUGCCUCUUUCUGCAUUAAAGAAAAUUCUUCUGAUUAUAUGUGAUUUUUAAUUUUCAUAUUUUCGAAACUUUCCAAAUCUCUUUCAGGAUGGAACGUUUCUGACUGACGUUUUGCGGAGUGUUCAAAUUAAUAUUGACUGUGGGAGAUUAAGUUCAGUAUACGAGAAAGUGAUGGUUGUCGGGUUCAAGAAGUCGGUUGGUAAUAUUUUAACUUUGCGUUUUCCAGAAAGUUGGUUUUUAGAUUACUAACACGACCAAAGGAAUUUUCGAAAAACUCGAAGAGAAAUUUGGACCUCGCCCUCAGGAAAACCAAAAGAUGAAAAUGUUGAAAGACAAGCUGAUACAGUCGUCUUCGAACCUCGUCACACACGUUAAAUGUGAAGAAGAGGCUGUAUAA